AUGGAUUCUUACACCAUCCGGUUAUCUACACGGUCAUCGAGUGAUGAGAAUUUAACUGAUUCGUUAAAAUUAUGUCAUGCACCCCUGCGUUGGUUAAAAGAGCCUUUCGAUGUUGAAGUUACUGAGGGCUCUGAGGCUCACUUAGUUUGUGUUGCCAGUGGAUCUCCUCAACCUCACUACACAUGGACAAAAAUAGAAGAUUAUAAUCACGAGAAGAAGAUGAUUGUAGAUGGUGAUCUCGUUUUUAGAGAGACGAAAAUAAGUGAUGCCGGUACUUAUACUUGCCGAGUACAAAACGGCGUCGGUGAACCUCUUGAAAAAUCAGUAAAAGUUGUUGUCCACGGAUAUCUGUAGCAAUUCUUGAAGUACUUCUACAGUUGAAUGUGAUAAGACAGACGAUUUUUUAUGAUGAAGC